AUGGGAUUAUGUAAACCUGCAAAUUAUAAUGAAUUAGAGAAUGCAAAAAACAACAUAUAUGGUGUUUUACCUUAUAUAGCCCCUGAAAUUUUAAGAGGACAAAAUUAUACCAAAGCUACUGAUAUUUAUAGUUUUGGUAUAAUAAUGUAUGAAGUAAUUUCUGGAUUAUCCCCAUAUCAUGAUUUAAAACAUGAUAAUAAUCUAGCAAUAAAAAUUUGUAAAGGAUUUAGACCGAGGUUUAACAUUAAAGUACCACAAUUAAUUGUACAUUUAAUUAAAAGAUGCUUAGAUGCCAAUCCAUCAGAACGGCCAAUAACAAAAGAAAUAAACAAUAUUUUACGAAGAUGGCAUAAUGGAUCAAACGAAGAGUUACAAGCACAAAUUAAGGAAGCAGAUGAAAUAAACAGCAAUUCAUUAAAUAACAUUACAUCUAAUUUAGGGAUAUAUAACACACAUUCAGAAGCUAGUUAUACAAGUAGAUUACUUGAUUUUAGUAAUCUUCCUGAACCAAAAAAUUCCGAUGAUUAUUAUGAACAAAAUGAUAAUAUAAUAAGCAAAGAAUAUUCAGAAUCUUUACAAAUCAAUAUUUCUCAAUUGAAUAUUAACGAGAAUGAAUCUUGUCAAAUCAAUAUUUCUCAGUUGAAUAUUAACAAAAAUGAAUCUUCACAAAUCAAUAUUUCUCGAUUGAAUGAUAAUGAAGAUAGUCAAAAUAGCGAAUCGGGGAGUAAAGGAAAAAAUUUUUUCUUAAGUCAAAAUAACGAAUCUGAGAGUGAAAGAAAAAAAGAUGGAAUAGAAUAAAAUUAUAAUUAUAUAUAUCCUUAUUUAGUUUUUUGCUGCUAUACCGAGUUUAAUUAUAAAAUUAUUAUUUUUUUUUUUCAAAAAAUUUGCCAUUAUAAUCUAAAAUUCUGCUUAACAUCGGCUU